AUGAAGACGGAGGUGGUGAUAGUCGGGGGAGGCCCCUCGGGUCUCGCAGUCUCCGCUUGCCUCAGCCGAUUCUCCAUCCCCAACGUCAUCCUCGAGAGAGAGGACUGCUACGGCUCUCUUUGGAAGAAGAGGGUCUACGACCGAGUCAAGCUCCACCUUGCCAAGGAGUUCUGCGAACUCCCCCACAUGCACCAUCCCCGCGCCACCCACACCUUCAUGUCCAGGGACGACUUUGUCCGCUACCUCGACGACUACGUCUCCCACUUUGGCCUCCGCCCCCUCUUCGGUAAGUCCGUAGAGUCGGCGACUUUCGACAGUGACAGUCGCAUGUGGGCCGUCAGCGCCCGCGACGCUGCCACCGGCGAGGUGGAGGAGCACCUAUCGAGGUUCCUCGUAGUCGCCACCGGCGAGAACGCUGAGGGCAUCCUGCCGAGCUUCCGGGGGCUCGAUGGCUUCACCGGCGAGAUCCUGCACUCCUGCCACUUCAAGUCCGCGGCCCGCUUCGCCGGCAAGCGGGUCCUCGUCGUCGGCAGCGGCAACUCUGGCAUGGAGAUCGCUUUCGAUCUCUGCAACUAUGGGGCCCAGACCUCCAUCUCCGUAAGAGGCCCGGUAGGUUUUCGUGAUCUCAUCAGUGGAUUAUGACCACAAGCCUCGUGUGAUCGAGCGUCUUGCCGCAGUUCCACGUCUUGACGAAGGAGAUGGUGUAUAUGGGGAUGGUGAUGCUGAAUCACGUCUCCGUCCAGAUCGUUGACGCGCUGGUUCUCUUGAUGUGUCGAUUCCAGUUCGGGGACCUCUCCGGAUUCGGGAUAAUCCGGCCGAGUGAGGGGCCUUUCUCUCUCAAGGCCAAAACAGGAAGGUCUCCGGUCAUCGACGUGGGCACCCUGGGGAAAAUCAAGAGGGGGGAGAUUAAGGUUCGCGGGUCCCCCGCAGUCAAUAUUCAUUGCCAUCGGCCGUCGUCAACGCAAUAACAUGUCUUUCCAUGUCUUUUGCUUUCGUCCAGGUUAUGAAGGAGGUGGCAGGGGUCGCCGGCGGAGAGGUCCGGUUUACCGACGGCGAGACUCGGAGCUUCGAUGCCAUAAUCUUCGCCACGGGUUACAGAAGCACGGCGGCCGACUGGCUCCAGGCACUCGAUCUGCCGUAGCCCGCUGUUCUUCCUGUUGCAGUGUGAAUUUGUUUGAGCGUCGUCUUCUUCGGCGUUUUCCUUCUUGCAGGACGACGGAGGACUACUCAACGAGGAGGGAUUCCCAAAGCGAGCGUUCCCCGACCAUUGGAAAGGAGGAAACGGGCUUUUCUUCGCGGGGUUGUCUAGGAGGGGACUUGCAGGCGUCGCCAUGGACGCCAAGAAGAUUGCGGAGGACAUCAAGACCUACCAGGGUGGGCCGAGCGGGCGUUCAACAUGA